AUGUUUCUCACUUCCAAAAAUGAGGAACAAGGGAAGUACGAACCCUUGGCUCCCCAGCCAGACACCGAACACAAUGGCCAUACUGCCCGCCAGACCCGUCCAACCGGACCAUGGUUCAUCCUCAGUGUGACUCUGGCGCUCCUCGCAGCCUUCAUGGCCGGCGCAUCCACCACCUACUUCACCAUCAGGAGCAGAGACCACCAACACAUCCUAAAUAACGUCGCUCCGCGAAUCCCCAUUCCUUCCAUUGCACGAGAAUUCGUCCCUUGGUCGAACUUCUCCAAUGAGCCUCCACAGUCGGGCGACAUUCCCGAACCUAUCUGGGACUCUUUAAUCCCCAACGGCCUCGGCUACUUCCAAGACUCCUCCCUCACCACCCAACCCUCCAUUCCAACUGUCUUCCACCAACUCCACUGCCUCUACAUCCUCCGACGCGCCUACUACGCCCUCUCCAACAAUAACGACAACGACGACCUCCAACGCUUCGACUUUGGCAAAAACCGCUCCAUCCACGUCCCUCACUGCUUCGACUACCUCCAGCAGGGACUCACCUGCUCCGCAGAUACCACCGUCGAGCCGGCGGUCGACGAAGAGAACGGGUUCCUGGGGAGUGGGUUUCCGAGACAGUGUGUGGAUUUUGAGGCGCUGAAGGGGUAUGUGGAGGAGAGGAGGAUUUUUAACGCGAGUGGGUUUUUGGCGGUGGGGUAUCAUCAUCAUGAGCAUCAUUCGGAUGAGUAGUUCACUUAUUUUAUGUGUGUGAGGGUUGGAUAUGAGUAACGGCAAUGGGAAAGAAAGAGAUAGCUGAGAGCAUGACUAGCAUCGCUGACUUGACCCUUUGAAAUAUUGUACAUAGUCGGUUUGAGGGUAUGGAUACGUCUCAUCCAAGAUGGUUUAUCCCUCAUAGAUACACGGAUUUACUGGCUUGGCUAUAAGAUGACUGUAGCUGAGCGAUGGUCGGACUGGUUGCUUGUCCGGGCGCAAGCUUGUUUCUAGGAUAUUGAGGCUCCGUCGGGUUGGAGGACUGACCACUCUUAUUAUU